CGAGGGGAGAGAGAGAGAGAGAGAAGAGAGGGGUGUUCACUGUCCCCUCGGUUUCUGCCCUAGUCGCGGCUGGUCGCGGCACUGCAUGGCACUGCGCGGUACGCGGGUCAGUCGGAUUUGGCGGUCGCAGUAGGUAGCCUAGGUAGAAGUGCUCGGACUAGAUUGGAUUUACGCCCUUCCUUGGACCUUUCGAUCGAUUCGAUGGCGUAGCGCCGAUCUCUCGACCCUCCUCGACGAACCCGCUUGCCAUCACAGUCCCCGAAGGCGAAGGAUGUGUCCAGAUGCGAGCCGAGUCACUUGUGCGUGGUUCGGUCGAAGCGGGGAUACGUCUUCAUGAAGGAAGAUGGCAGGUGGGGACGCGGAGCUCUGCGGGUUCCUGGACGCAAAGUUGCCCGGCACCAGAGGGGUCACUCAGAGGGUGAGAAAACGCUCGCUCACUCCGUGGAAGGUCUGGAGAAGGCACUGGUGCUCGGUUAGAAAACUGGGAACUGGUCUCGGAGUGGAAAUUCACCUGGAUUGUGGCAUCGGCAGUGGGGGUGCAACCGUACCCAACGACAGAAAUGAUUCCGUCAAGAUUCCCUUCGAUGCCGUCAUCUGUCGGACGGAGUCUAGGUCGAAGCAGUUUGCCUUUGGGAUAUUUCCAGCCAAGCAGCGGAAACCCUUGCUCUAUCUCUCAGGGAAUUCGGAGACCGAGACUCAAAGAUGGAUGGCCGAUCUCAGACAACUGCUGAAACCUCGCAAGCAUCGAUUUUUAGAGGGAUCCUUCGAUAUCUCCAUGGUCGAUAACGCACAUUCCAGAGCUGCUGGUCUGACGGGAUUGCAUGGAGAUUUGGUUGCGAGUCGUCUGGGGGUUUUUGUUAAAGACGUGUACUCUGGUGAAAUAGGGGAAAGCUUGGAAUGGAAAGAAUUGAGUCAGUUCCAUCUAUCGACCUCGGGGCGUCCAGAUGACGUUAAACGCAUUUGCGUGAUGCACACGACCAAGGAAUUUCGUGGGGGUGUCGGUGAACUUCACGUUUUCUGUUUGGACGCACCAAGGUUGUUACAGGAUCUUGUCACACAAGGUCGCGGUCCAAAACGCAGAAACCUUGAUCAGCGGCCGUUGAGUUUAAGCGAUGGUGAUCUGAGGCUAUCGAUGCACAGUGACGAGCAAGCUGGAUCUUUUCCGGUUCUCAAAAGCAAAGUAGCUUCUAGCCUCAUCAAUGCAGGUCUUGGUUUAUUUCUCUCUUCGAGAUCUGGGAGCGAAGCAAAGCUCGUUCAUCAAACUUCGGAGGAUCUCGAAAGGAUCGCAGUUCAUAAGAUGGCAGGAGUAAAAAUAUCACUGCGCACCAGAGCUGUGGAUAAUGUAUACCAACCCGAACCUGCUGGCAUAUCCAAUAUUAUAGGAUCCAGUCUGGAGGAGCUGGAGGAAUCAUUUACAAGAAGGGUCUCUAAUAUUUCUGUUGCAUCUGGAAUUUAUGAAGAGAUUUCAGAUGUCGUGGACCCCUCAAAAAACGUAUGUUUAGCUUCCAAUCUUUACGAGGAUCCUGAGGAGUUGAUAUUGAGGAAUUGUGAAUUGCAUCGAGAACCACCCCCUCUCCCCCCAAGGCAGAGAUGUGGCUCUGGAUCUACUAGGAACGGAAGUAUCAGUGACGAUGGACUAGAUUCUGAGGGAGGUACGAGAUCUGCUACCCCGAAUACCACGGAAGACACCACUCCGACUCCUGAAGAGAAAGCAGCGAGCAUGAGUCAAGCGAUACAUGUGGAUAAUUCGGAUUACGUUCCAAUGUCUCCAAGAUUAAAAGACAUUGUUCCACAAAAAUGUUGUCAGCAAGAAACACAGCAAGAAGAAAUAUACAUGGUAAUGCGUUAAAAAUUUUAUUUACCAAUCUUUGUGGCUUAGGAAAUUUAUCGUGUUAAAACCAUUGAUAGAAAACAGUCUUUGGAUUUACGCUAUUUAAUCGCUUAACGCGAAUUAAAAUAAGGGUUAUAGAAAAGAAUUUUUUGAGGGCGUGUAGAAGGUUGAGAUUAAUGAGAUAAAAUGUCAAUUAUUUCUAAUCGAUCAAAAUGUUGGGAGAUGGAGACCUAUCCGACUCAAAUGUUUGUAAUGUUAGAAUUUGGGAAAAAGUAUAUACAUAUAUAUACACAGAUUUUCUAGGAGUAUAUUAAACAGAUGGAAAGAUGGUGAGUGACGAGUUGCGGGUGUUAACGAAUAUAAUUACUAAUUGAGAACGUUUGCCGGGCCUCUCAAGUGAAAACGCACAAUUAUCUACAUUGCCUUCUGGCUUGGAAAAAGUCGACGCGUACUCUGACAUUUUUCUAAGUAGGUAGAAUCAACCUUUAAGAGAAAAUAAGUAUCGUCCUAAUGUGAAACCAUUGGGGGAACAGUCCCCAGUAUUACUUAAGCAUCACAGUUCUAUGUAUAAAUGGCGCGUAAGAGUAGAUCUUUACGAAACUAUAGUACUACUUUUAUAUGAAGCUUUUCGAAGAGCUUUUUGAACUCCCCGACCAUAACGAAAUACGUACAAAUUGUUGUAUUAUCACUUUGUACCUUUCCAUUUAAUAAGGAAAUUCAGUGUUCGCGAUUUUAUGACAGGUUCAAAGUCUAAAGACCUAACGAUUCACCAACGUGUAGUUUGCAACAUACGUUGUACUGUUCUGGGUUUAUCAUGCGUCGUAAACACGUCGAUAGGUGAAUUGACACAAGUAGUUAUAAAGGAUCUGAAAUUUGCUACAAAACUGCUGUAUAUUGUGUAUUGUUGAUUGUAUAGAUAACAGGCUUAAGUAUCGCAAUAUUGUCUACUGCCUUUCGUCGUGUGCCUCGAUAUAUUUUACCGGUAUACAAAGAGAUUGUUAAAUGAAGCUCGUCGAGAUGUGACCGUAGUUCUUAUUUCAGCGAUGACAGCUCUGCGAAUGUCAUUAAUGUUAAUUCUGUAGGGAUUUACUGACAAUGUGGUAGCAGGAAACCUCUGUUGUACGUACCCUCGCAAUGUUUCUGUACGAGGUAGGCAUACAAGGAUUUCUGACUGAGCUGAUUAAGGUUAUUGCGCGAUAAAAUUUAGUUAAGGGGAAUGAAAAAUGAAGCAAUCGUGACAACUAUUUCGUACAUUGCAUUUGUAGUAGAUACACAUUUUGAACAGAGAUUUCCAUCGUUCACAACAAAGGAAACAUAUUUGAUUCAAGCUUUGCGUAACGAGUUUUCAUGGUAUAUACUGAACGACGUGAUUAUACUACAUUUUUCCUUCAUUAACUCUCGUUCAUACAUUCUUUACUAGAGAAUGCUCAAACGAAUCAUGUAGAUUCUGUGAAAUUUUGUACCAUGAUUAACGAAUUGUGAUAGGACGUAAUUUCGCUGCGAUGUCGCGUGUCUUUAGAAUAAGUAAUCAAAUGAAUAGUUUAAUAAACUGGAAAACGAGAAAAAAAAUGAAGAUAGCUGCUUUUAGGUGUACGUAGCUCACUGGAGUAUCGGAUACAUGUUCUUGUUGCUACUUUGUGAGAUUAAAAGAAAUAAUGAUCGAUA